UCCCUGAACUUCUUGAUGAACUGUCUGAGGACCCCAACCCGGAGGCGCGAAGGAGAUAUUUUGGGUACCUCAGUGUUUACCUAGCAAGCCUAUAUGGACACCGCACCGGUGUUCUAAAGAAUAUGACGGUCUCCGAGGUUGAUGAAGCCCAGCAGGAAGCCACAGUCGGGCAAGCGGGCUUUGUGAUCAAUGUGAAGGAACACAAAACCAACCGUGCGUUUGGCCCCGCACAGCUCUACUUAACUGUAGAGGAAUUCUCAUGGGUGGAGCAGUGGAUGAUCAUCAGACAGAAACUAAACCCACCCACAGACCUUCUUCUCUUCACCGAAAACUUCACAAAAAUCGAGAAACUCAUCGUGCCGAUGCAAGCCGCCUGGCAUGACAUGGGUUUUCCUGGGCGUCCCACAUUCACAGACUUCCGAACAUCAAUAGCCACAUACGCAAGGAAUACUUUGUCACCAAGUGACCGGAUCAACAUUUCAAAGACCAUGUGUCAUGACACACGGACAGCAGACAAAUUCUACGCGCUCCACCGCACCGCGUCAGAGCUGGCUCGGAUCCGUCAGAAUUUCGAAGCAGCCGUCAAGCCACCACGUACGACGGUACAUGACACCGCCGAACCUUCCCUCCUCUCCAUGUCAGAAUCAUCAGGUGAUGGUCUUGAGGAGGAAGCGGACUGCGGGCCUUCACACAGCCCCCCUGCCGGUCCUUCGCCGUCCUCACCAACAUCCAGUCGGGCCACUGGAUCAACAAGCCCUGAUCAAGCUUCUGGGAGCUGCUACAGUCCAGGCAGCGCCUCUUCUCAAAGACGGCUCACCCGAGGGCCGGUGCGCGUCACCGGCGCUUCGGCGGUUGGUUCCUCCAACCUGCAGGCUCGACUCCAGACCCCAGCGGAGGUUGCGCGCGACUGUGCUUAUUUCCCCCGUAUUGGGCCGCACGCUUGGAAGCGAGACCGAGAUGCACCGUCUGACCCAGCGGUCCCACACCAAGCCUCCGCCGCCGGGCGCACGUCCCCCGGUUCUGGCCUCCUGGCCCGCGCUGGCGGUGCGCUUGGGAAACACACCUUUCUCUCACCCUCCGGUCGAGCCCCCGUGCGGCUGUCCGCCCGCAAGCCAAUCGACUAG